AUGCUUUUUCGUUUGUUGUACACCGCCGUCUUGGUUGCGCGUUGGAGCGUGUUUGCUUCGGCCGGUGCGGUCGCGCGGCCGUCCCGCGCCUUCAUUUUGGCAGCAGGCCGUGAUCUUCCACCCUGUACAAGGUUGAGACACCGUCAAGGAGGCGCAUCAUUCGGUGGCGUGGCGGUUAGGAAGGCUGAACGCCCUUUUGAAAUACGUUCUUUGAAUAGCGAUACCGCCUCCAUCUUGGACAGGAGUUCGAAUGCGUUGUACGAGACGCUUUCCCAAGGCAGCUAUGCCUCUCCCGUUGAGUGUCUGGCAGCAUCGGCUGCAUAUGUGUUGCCUUUGAUGGACGCGGUGGAGGGUAUUCACCGAUUAUCGCAAUUCUACACACAAGUGCCUUUUCUUUCCUACACGAUGUCGACACUGAUCUACUCCAGCUUAGUGAAGAAGAACCAGUUGAAUACGUCGUACUUUGUUCGUUACCACUUCCUCCAGUCUCUAAUUUUAUCGUCUUUCCAAAAUGCGCUUGCUAUGUUUUACUUCAAGCUGCUUCCCAUAGACGCCUCGUCGCAGGACUUCGUAUCCGUUGUUUGUAUGAUGUCCGCAGUGAUGAGCUCAUUUGGAGCCGUGUUCUACUGCGUUUUCCAUGCGAUAAUUGGACGUUUCGCUGCGCUUCCCAUAAUUUCGGAUGCCGUGCAGCUGCACAUCGGAGAGAUACCCUCUAACGAGAUUUUGAAGAGGCGCACCACAGAUACGGAUUCGGCUAUUGCAAUGCGCUGA